AUGGAAAAUCAGUUUGCCAAACAUCACGGCGCCCGUCAGCGGCAGCUUGCAGUUGGAGAUCGCGUCGUGGUACACACUCGAAACGGAAAGCGUGAGCUAGGCAGCAUCCUUGAACUCAUAUCUGAGGUUCGCUGCGGUGUACGCCUGGAUAAUGGCAAAACCGUCGAAAGACACAUCAACCACAUCUGGAAAGGCGGAACCAUCGACCGUUCACCAGGUCAGGCAGAAGACACUGAGAUGAACGCCGACCUUAUCUCAAAUCCAAAUCCAGACCCUGCUCCAGAACCUGAUCCAGAACCUGCUCCAGAACCUAUGGCUCCGAUCACUGAAGGACCACCAACGCCUCCCAGGACCCAGGAUCCGAACAACAGGGCCCACGAAGAAGCUUCAGUCGUCACAACUCCAAGACGAUCCACCCGCAUGCGGGCUCCACCAAAGAGACUGGCUUUGGACCCGAGAAUCAAAUCGUACUCCGAGCUGUGA